AAGAGGAAGUGGAAACAUCAGCACUAUCUCUACGAGAGAGGAGAGAGAGAAAACACCGCUCACACACAUCCACACACUCAGAACACACACACAAACUCCAGCUAUCAGCGCUUUGGUGGAGAAGUGUCCUCGCCUCGUCAGAUUUCUGCAAUUCUAUGAAAGGAACAGCAGAGACUGCCUGUGACGUCAAAUGACCACCCUCUACAGUCCACCCACCAAGUGAGGGUACAGGUGUCUGCAGAAACGCGUGGGGUUUACCAUACCUAAAUCGAACUGAAACAAACAGGACCACCUGGUGGAAACACAGCUUAAGAAAGACUGAAGAAGAGGAACAAAGUGAACCUCGGUCUAUCUAAAGGUUUGAAUGAGCUUCCUUCGGUACCAGUGACAGAGGUGUGACGCAGCGUCACCCACACCAGCCACACGUCCCCUAUCAGCCAUGCCACCACCCGCAGACAUUGUGAAGGUGGCCAUUGAGUGGCCGGGGGCCUUCCCCAAGCUCAUGGAGAUAGACCAGAAAAAGCCUCUCUCAGCCAUCAUUAAAGAAGUGUGUGAGGGAUGGUCAUUGGGGAACCAUGAAAACUUCGCACUUCAGAUAGCUGAUGCAACUAAUUUCUACAUCACAGAAAAGAAUCGCAAUGACAUCAAGAAUGGCUCCAUCCUGCGUUUGACCACCUCUCCUUACCAGACUGCACUCCAGCUUCAUGAGCGAAUUCAGUCGUCCAGCAUGGAUGCCAAGCUGGAAGCUCUGAAGGACCUGGCCAACGCAUCCCGGGACAUCACCUUCGCACAGGAGUUCAUCAACCUGGACGGCAUCUCGCUGCUCACUCAGAUGGUGGAGAGUGGCACAGAGCGCUAUCAGAAACUGCAGAAGAUAAUGAAGCCCUGUUUUGGAGACCUGCUGUCCUUCACUCUGACAGCCUUCGUGGAGCUGAUGGACCACGGCAUUGUCUCCUGGGACACUUUCUCUGUGGCCUUCAUCAAGAAGAUUGCCAGCUAUGUGAACAAGUCAGCCAUGGACACAGCAGUGCUGCAGCGCUCCCUCGCCAUCCUGGAGUCCAUGGUGCUCAACAGUCAGGAUCUUUACCACAAGGUGGCACAAGAGAUUACCAUUGGACAGCUCAUCCCACAUCUUCAGGGAACUGAUCAAGACAUUCAGACCUACACUAUUGCUGUUAUCAAUGCUCUCUUCCUCAAAGCUCCAGAGGAGAAGAGACAGGAGAUGGCCCAUAUUCUUGCCCAGAAACAGCUGCGCUCCAUCAUCCUUAGUAACGUGAUCCGGAGCCCCACACCCAUCAAUGAUGAGAUGGCCCACCAGCUGUAUGUGCUGCAGGUGCUCACCUUCAACCUGCUGGAAGACCGCAUGAUGACCAAAAUGGAUCCUCAGGAUCAGGCUCAGAGGGACAUCAUCUUUGAGCUGCGCAGAAUCGCCUUCGACAUGGAGUGUGAGCCCAACAACAGUGGCAGCAUUGAGAAACGCAAGUCCAUGUACACCCGUGACUACAAGAAACUUGGAUUCAUUAAUCACGUGAAUCCAGCUGUGGAUUUCACUCAGAUCCCCCCGGGCAUGCUGGCUCUGGAUAACAUGUUGUAUUUUGCCAGGCACCACCAGGACGCCUACAUCAGGAUCGUCCUGGAGAACAGCAGUCGGGAAGACAAGCACGAGUGUCCAUUCGGCCGCAGCAGCAUCGAGCUAACCAAGAUGCUCUGUGAGAUUAUGAAAGUGGGCGAACUUCCCAGUGAAAACUGCCACGACUUCCAGCCCAUGUUCUUCACCCAUGAUCGCUCCUUUGAGGAGUUCUUCUGCAUCUGCAUCCAGCUGCUCAACAAAACCUGGAAGGAGAUGAGAGCCACAAGUGAAGACUUCAAUAAGGUAAUGCAGGUGGUGAGGGAGCAGAUCAUGCGAGCACUCACUCUCAAGCCUAAUUCACUGGACCAGUUCAAGAGUCGCCUGCAGAAUCUGAGCUACACAGAGAUCCUGAAGAUACGCCAGUCCGAGAGGAUGAAUCAGGAAGACUUUCAGUCCCGGCCCAUCCUGGAGCUGAGGGAGAAGAUCCAGCCUGAGAUCAUGGAGCUGAUCAAGCAGCAGAGGCUCAACAGGUUGUGUGAGGGAACUUGCUUCAGGAAAAUAAGCAGUCGCAGGAGGCAAGAUAAGUUUUGGUACUGUCGUUUGUCUCCGAACCAUAAAGUCCUGCACUAUGGAGAUUUGGAGGAGAGCCCUCAGGGAGAAGUACCCCACGACUCUUUGCAGGACAAACUGCCUGUGGCUGAUAUCAAAGCUGUUAUCACUGGCAAAGACUGUCCUCACAUGAAGGAGAAGGGAGCCCUAAAGCAAAACAAGGAGGUGUUGGAGCUGGCCUUCUCUGUCCUCUAUGAGUCCGACGAGUAUUUAAACUUUAUUGCUCCUGACAAGCAUGAGUACUGUGUGUGGACUGAUGGUCUGAACGCCCUCCUGGGUAAAGAGAUGACCAGUGAUUACACCAAAUCUGACAUGGACACCCUCCUCUCCAUGGAGAUGAAGCUCCGCCUCUUGGAUCUAGAGAACAUCCAGAUACCCGAGGCCCCGCCCCCGAUUCCCAAAGAACCUAGCAACUAUGACUUUGUUUACGACUGUAACUAGAACAAACGGUCCGAGAGUCUGAUCCCCGAGCCCACACAGCACCUCCUGUUCUCACUGGACCGAUCCACUUUUCUUAUAAACUGGAACAAAAACCAAUAAAACCGUAUGAAAUAAAAAGUGAACCGUGAUUGAAUGGAGAAGGAUGUGUUGCACCAUUUUCCUCAUGCUUCUGGCUAUUAGAGAGAGAACAUAGGUUUGAGGGAUCUGGGUUGGAUGCAGGGUCGUUAUAUGGAGAGGACAAACCAGGAAGUUCUUGUCCAGGCUGUUGGUGGUCGUCCUGCGUCUUCUUCCUCACUCUAUUCCUGUCUCCUGUAUGAAACAUUCACUUCUUUCUCUCAGCCACUGUCCUUUUGCUUGAAUAUUGCUGUAGACAAAUGCUUACAAGUUGAAUUGGUUCAUCUUUGAUGUUGUCCUUUUUUUUUUUUUUUUUAACCUUUAUUAUUUUUCCUCAGGGCUUUUGUGUGUAUUUGGGGGGUUGGUUGGCGUGGUUCAGAAGCAGGGAGGGACAGGGUUUUAGUGUUUUGUCUUCAGCUUUCCAGCAGUAUUUCCUGUCCCAUUCUCACUUACAGUAUCUGUGGCAGCUACGUGUUCCCUAAGAGACUUCAGUCUCUUACAUCCGCUCUGUACUGCUCCACGUAUACUGAAGACUGUUAGAAUAAGUCGACCCUCAAAAUCAAGGCACUGUACUCCAGAAAAAAAGCCUUUCUUUUGAAAAUUCUAAUGUUCCUGUUAUUAUCCCACUGCUGCUUAUUGCAUAUUGUACACUCCCACACAGCGGCUUCGCCAAAACAAACGGAACAAAGCAGCAUCAUUGUGAAACACAAACACACUCGUCUCUCCCUCAUAUGAGUCUCUUCUGUUGUAAUGACUGCUGUACUCCACAUUCCUAAGCAAUAUUUGAGCUUCUUUUGUUUAUCAUUUGUAAGAUGGUCAUAAUUUAGUGAUUUUAAAAUUGUGAAACUGCCAAGUAGUUGGUAUACAGAAGAGGAUGUUUCUGGUGUUUUGGUCUUGGGAAAUGGUCUUUUUUGUGUGUGUUUGGGACUUUAUGGCCACAAAAUUGAAAGUCUAUGUAUUUUUUUAAUUUAAAAACAGAUCAUGGUUGUUAUUUCUAGUAUGAUUUAUAUAUUUUUCCCUUUCUAUUUAAUACCUUCAGAUGUUUUUUUUUUUCGUUAGGAUUUUUUCAAAGCCCCUUAAACUGCUGUUUACAUUAAAGAUUUAA